AAAAAGCACCUUAACCACUUUCUGGGUUUUUAGUUCCCAACACAACAGGGUGACUUCAGCCCUCUCCUCACACAGAUUAUUCCGCGAUUUGCCUCAUUUGUUUCAUUCUUUUUUAAAAAUCAUUUCGAACGUCUGCGGUGUGACUGUAGCGGGAGUAUUAUAUCUAUAUACUUUGCUCAUAGAUACAGAAAUACAUCGUCCAGAGAGCUUAAAGUGAAACAAUUUAUUUUUAUAUUUUUCUUGCAAACAAUAAAUAUUGUUAACAAAAAAAGUAGAAAAAAAUAAAAGUUCAAUAUUACGUGUGGAAUCGAUCGGCACUUGUUGUACGUAUUUACAUGGUUUUUGAAUCUCUCAGAUACGGGCGCGCACACAUUGUUGCAUUAAACGCUUGCUGAUCCGGUGUGUCACUCUCGGUUUUAGAUCCGAAAAUAAAAAUAAAAUAAAAACUAGUAAAUAAACAAGUUUUUAUCUGUUGGAUGCAAACAAGCUUCAAGCAUGUGAAGUUUAUUACUUCAUGCCUUUGAAAUCUUUUAACCGAAAAAUAUUCCCAGAGAAAAGUGCAUUGAUUAGAAAGCAAACAAAAUAAGAAAAUAAGUUAAAUCCACAAAAAUGUCCAAAAGUGUAAAUACAAAAUUUGGAAAAUGUUUUAUAAUAUUUAUGGCCGUUGUUAUUUUGGCACAAGGAGUUGUUUACCUCGGACUUGCGAUACAGGGGAUUAAAAUGCACAAUUGCUCGGGGGAGAAUUCCGAUCCUGUUGGAAAGACAUUCGAGUUUAUAUUGAAUUUGAUAUAUUUUUCAAGUCAAGAUUGUGGAGAACCAAUUCUACAUGUUCCAGAAAGUAUUACUAUUCCAGACAUUCCAAAUGGCCCACAAAUUAGCCGAGAUUUUAAAUUGGAGAUAGAUUUUAAAAAAGCAAACAUAUUAAGUGACCGCGAGUAUAUAUUCCUAAUAGGAUAUGCGGUUAUAAGUGCUCUUUGGGUGAUAACAUCAUUUCUGGUUUUAGUAACAAUCUGUUGUACAUUAACCAAAUUGGUUGCUUUGGUGUGCUUCUGGCCAUGGUUAAUAAGCGUUUUACUUGGGAGUAUUUUAGAUGCAGUUGCUACUGGAUUUCACAUAAAAGACAUUCUUCAAACAAAGUCAGCGAAGAGUACUUUUGAAUAUGUUGGCGUAAUAAACAUCGAUGAAGUUUUAGAUUAUUUCAAAGAUUAUCUUAAGGACUAUGAUAUAUUUUUCAUGAUUCCAGCCGUAGUCUUUGCAUGUAUUACUUCAAGAAUUGUUCUAAUUUGGUUAUUGAACAUUUUCGGUUCGAUUUUCUGUAUGUCAUUGGCCAAGAUUAUGUCUUCAAAUAAUGAUGAAGAAAACUCUAAGCAAUCACGCCGACCAAGCUCAGCAGACACUGCUGUUCCUUUUGAUUCUAAUAAUGAAAUGGAGGAACAAACAGUUGAAGUACGUUUUCGUCCUUCUCCCGAAACCGUUCGUAAAGUUCGUAGUACCUUGGAACCAGUUCAGAAGUCACCAGUUCAAACCCCAACGACAGAGAAACCAAUAGAACCAUAUGCCCUUCCUGUAUUACGACCAACGUCGAGCAACAAAAACUCACGUGUCAGUGUUCCCAAAAGUCCACCGAUUAAUCCUGCCGAAGCAUCUACAUACCAAAUAUCCGAUGCACAUCCUGAGAAUUUAGACUAUCCACCUAACCGAUUGAGUACACCAUCAUCACAUAAAAGAUCUGUUACACCAGAGUUGUCAGCCAUUUCACCACUUAACCUUCGUUAUUCUACCGUCGAUGGUGCAUCGUUAUUCCCAAAUCAGCCUCAUGUGAGCCAAGAGUUACGUGGCCAACUUCCAUGGUCGUAUACGAACAUUAUGAAUGAUCCCAUUGCUCAAAAGAAAAUUCAUUCACAUUUGACACCUCCUGCUGAUGAUGAUUCCGAUAAGGACUUCCCACCAAUACCAGUGCCAGAUUAUACUCUGCAUCCUCCGAAAAAGGAUCGAACGCCUGUAGUGGGACAAGAUAGACUAUCCCAAACAGGGUAUUCAAGGUGGUAGUGAAGGCGGAAUAUCUGAUGCAACGCCAUGUUGACUUUUGUUGAUUUUCUUAAUUUAUAAUUUUUUUUAUCCUAAACAGUUAUUUUAAGAGGAGUUUUAGCCUUCUUUCAUGGGUGCUCUGUUUUUUUUGAAAUAAUACGUUAAGUCCUUUGUACAUUUCUAAAGAAAAAAUUAAAAAAGUGAAUUUAUGUAUUUAAA